AUGGCCGGACGUCAGUUCCCAAAUGUAUCCAUCUCGUCUUGGUCGAUCAAUCCAUACACUGGGGCCAAGCCAGACACCACGAAAGGCUACUAUGUUGCCGUGGCCCCUCCCCAACAGCCUUACGCACACAACCCAAUAAUUUUGCCUCGAAAUCCGAUAUAUCCCACUGCCGUCCAAGAGAAAGGUAACGAUAACAAAGACGAUGAUGAUCAAGCAGGAGGCAUACCCAUUACACCAGACACAUCAGUGGCUCAGGGCCCUUCCGAAGCCGCUUCACCAACACCUGAGGUACCUCCACCACCUAGCCUGGAAGCAGUCUCUCCUGAAGCGCCUCCCUGUCCAGAAGACACACUCACAUCUCCCCCAACUUCACUCUCACCUCCCUCUCCUGAUGCCUCUCCAGACUCACCAAACGCACAGGCAUCCGAUGACUCAGCACAAGCAGGGAAACAGGCUGGAGUCAAUACGGGGGCACCGGAUGUCAAGGAUGAACCACCUGGUUCCAACAGCCCUGCGGCUGCUACGACAGACGCAGAGCUUGCUUCGCCGCCACCUGCUGAGGAGAUUGACACAACGACUGAACAACCAGUGACUAGUGAUUCAGCGCCCCCACCUCCGCCCUUGGAUCCCUCGCCUGUGCCUGAGCCCGUUGUUAUCGACGCCGUGAAGAGUGGUGAGUCCGAGCAGGCCGCUCAAGAGCCCCCCAGAUCCCCGGUUGACAAAUUUGUCCGCUUUUCUUCUGACACGAAAGACCCAGACGCAGGAAGUGCCAAGAAGAGGAAGAAGGUGAUGAUCAACAAGGGCAAACCGACUGCAUUCGUACGUAUCAGAGACACAGCUCCGCCCAAGACGUCCUCGCCGCCACCGCCGCCCAAGGAGGAUAAGCCCAAAGUCGUCAAUCCCGUGAGUAUCAUGAAGAAGACGGAGCGAAGAGGAUCCACGCUCUCCGUUUCUUCGAUUGAAAAGCCGAUCCUCGAGGCCGAAUCGCCGACGCAUCCGUCCAAGAAAGCUAGCAAAGCUACGGGGUGGAGCAAGAAGAAGGACGACAAGAAGACUAAGAGCAAGACUGCGAAUAAGAGUGGCAGCACGCCGCCGUCGGAGGCCAAGUCAGGAGCGGAGGAUGUUUCGGCUGUAUCUGUUGCUGAACCGGUCGAGCUGGCGAAAGACGCGACGGCUGAGAUGACCUCUAAUGACGAUACCCCAUCUGAUCCUCCUGCUGAGCCCCAGGCUAUCAGUGCAGAAGAAGGAGGUACUCCUGCUAAGCCUGCUGCUGAGGUAUCUGCACCUGAAGUAUCUGAGCCUGAAGUUGCUCAGCCUAUAGUAUCUGAGCCUGAGGCAUCUCAACCUGAGGUUUCUGAACCAGUAGAUUCGACUCCAUCAGCUGAUACAGAUGUUCUACCACCACCAACACCAGAGCCCGCAGCCGAUCAGGAUUCACCUCCAGCCGAUAACCCUCCCCACGUCGACGAAGAUGCAUCCGAUACAAUCUCUUCAAAUAGCGAGCAUACUUCGGACACAGGCAGUGUGGCCGUAAGCGAAACCUCUGUUGAGAGUGGAGAAGGCCCAGCAGAUGAGCCAGUCGUUGAGACAGGAUCGUCGACUGAAGAUGCUCCAGCGGCCGGAGAGGCCUUGGAUGAAUCGUCAUCAUCACCACCUGAACAGUCUGUCGAAGUUGUAGAGGCUUCUGGAGAACCGUCGUUGCCACCUCCUGAGCUGGUAGCUGAGACAGUGUCUGAGUCGGCGGGAGAGGCGGCGGCAGAGCCAGUGUCUGAGACAACAACUGAACCAGCAGCAGAGCCUCCACCCGAGCCAACAGCAGAGUCGUCAUCUGAGCCAGCAGCAGAGACGACGUCUGAGUCAGUAGUAGAACCAGUGUCCGAGCCAGCAGCAGAGCCAGCAGCAGAGUCUUCAGCAGAGUCUUCAGCAGAGUCUUCAGCAGAGUCUUCAGCAGAGUCUUCAGCAGAGUCUUCAGCAGAGUCUUCAGCAGAGUCUUCAGCAGAGUCUUCAGCAGAGUCUUCAGCAGAGCCUUCAUUCGAGCCAGCACCUGGGCCAGCACCUGAGCCAGCUUCUGACAAGCCAAUAUCAGAACCCGCGUCUGAACCAACAGCAGAGUCAGCACCAGAGCCCACGUCUGAACCAGCACCAGAGCCUCCAUCUAAGCCAACAGGAGAGCCACCAUCCGAGCCAACAGGAGAGCAAGGUGAAGCUACUCUUCCAACUCCAGAUGCUGUGGCUGAGCCUGAUUCGACACCCAAAGAAGCGUCUGUCGAAAAUCCCACUCCUGACGACGCAGUGAUGACGGACGAGGUGACGACGGGUGCCGAAGCUACAGCCGUCGUUAAAGUUGCUGAUGCUGUCGAGGCGCCACAAGACAAGGAAGCAGCCAUGACAGCUGCAGAGGAAACUAAUUCUAAACAGUCGAUAUUGGAAGAGAGCACACAGAGCGUUAAUGAAGCUCUUCCUAGCGAUGAAAUUCCUGCAGUCGGCGAAGCUACUGCUGUCGAGGAGACUCCUUCUGCUGUUGAGGAGGCUCCUGCUGCUGAGACUCCUGCUCUUGAAACUCCUGUUGCUGAGACUGAUGCUGCUGAGGAAGCUCCUGCUGAGAGUUCUGUUGCUGGAAGUCCUGCUGCUGCUGAGACUGAUACUGCUGAGGAAACAUCUACCGCUGAGACUCCUGCCGCUGAGGAAACUUCCGCCGCUGAUCAGUCUCCUUCAAUAGAUGAGAGUCAUGUGGCUGAUGUUACUCCCGGCAUCGACGAAGCGUCACCCUCCAAGCCGUCUCCUCCCGCAGCAGAAACCAGCGGGUCGAGUAAUGAAUCAAAGUUGGAAGAAGCGGCCGAUGCCGCCGACGCUCCAUCUACCGAGUGCGCCCCAGCUGAUGAAGUAAGCACACCGGAAGCUACUUCAGACUCUGCCGUGAACCCCAACGAAGACGACAUCCUUGCAGCUAGCAAUGACUCUACAGAUGCGGGGCCAGCUGCAACAGAUGUCGCACAGGUCGAUGAGGAGUCAGUUGAGCCGCAAGAUACAGCCACGGAGGAAGUCUCUCGAGCAGAUGUUGCAACCGAGGAAGCGCAGGAGCCGGCCGCAGACGCCUCAUCUGCAGAACCGGUUCCUGACGAGCCUAUCCAACCAGAACAAGAGGCUCUCAGAAAUAUUUCUACAGAUGAGCCAGAGGCUGUCAUUGCAGAGUCAAAAGAUGGUGAAAAGGCGGCAGUUGCCGCACCAGAUGAUUGCUUCCAGUCUGAAGCUGUGACUGAGAACAUGGCUACUAACACCGAAGACACGUCUGCUACUGAUGCUGCAAAGGAAGAUGUACCAGAUAAGACCCCGGCAUCUCCCGAAGCGAGCUCUGACGUUGUUGACUCAAAACUUGAUGCCGAAGCUGUUUCUGGUGCGAGCGACCAUAAGUGCAGCGAAAGCGAGUCGGAGGAUGUAGAAGAUGCUACUCUGCCUGAAGCAGCAGAAGACACCAGUUGUGAUGUCAGUGUUGAAGUUGAAGCUGUCGCCAAUGCACUAGAGGAAAUAUCAAACGAUGAGUUGCAUACUGAGCAAGCCGAGCUCAUCGAGCAAACCGCCACUGAAACAACAUCAUCAGAUGACGCCAUCACUGCAGCGGCAGCCGAAUCAUCCAUCGACGCAACAUCACCCGACUCACCGGCGGAUCUGUCUAAGCCUCAAGAGAAUGGGCCAGAUGGUCCUCAAGGCGAAGUUAUAGCUGUGAAUGCUGAUGUUUCGGAGGGCUCGCCAUCCAAGGAAAUUACUUCUGAUGCCCCAGACAGUAAGGAUGAGGCCACAAUCGUUGAAGAAAUGAGCCCUCAUCCUAUAUCAGGAGAUACCCCCGACGCGGCGGAGAUUCCCGCAGACAUCCCCGAGCACAACGAAGAAUCUGAUGCUGCGGAAAGCGUCGAAGCCUCAGUAGUCGCUGAGGCUGCUGAGGCCACCGAAGUUUGCAUGGUCACAGAAGUCACCGAUGGAUCAGCCAAUGCCUCGUCGCCAGAGGACACCACAGAACCUACCGACCAGUCGGUACCUGCCGAACAGAGCGUGGGUCCGACAGACGUGGCUGGGGAAGUAACUGAUACUUCAGUCACUGACUCUGUUGCUACAUCUGAGCCAGUUGUGGAUGAAAUACACGCAGAAGCUGAGGCAUGUGAUAUCGAGACACAAGUCGAUGUAGAUGCUGUGGAAGUAGAGUCACCGGCUUCCCAGGAUGUCUCCGCUACAGUUUUGGAUGAAAGUCCAAACGCCUCAAUCGAGCAUUUUACUCCAGAUGAAAUUGCAGAUUCGGUAGCUGAAGGUCCAGGAGCAAUGGAGGCCGACGUACAGUCCCCCCAAGACACUGUCGCAGCUACGACUGAGACUAGUACAUCAGAUACGAAAGCUUGUUCCGCAGAUCAUGCAGAAAUGGAACAUCAAACUUUUGAUGAAGCUCAAGCAGCUGCACAAGUCGAACCACCUACAGUAGCGGAAGAGACAGUUGCAGAUGCAUUACUGAUUGAAGAGAAAACAGCCGAAACGAAAGCACAAGACGAGGCUCCACCUGAUAGUGUCACCGAGCAAAACGAAGACGAAAAUGAAACGGACCAAGCAACCGAAAAGUUUAAUGAUGUUGCGGGACAGUCUGUUGAAGAUGUUCCCGACGAGCCUCAGCUCGCGGAAGUCGUUGACGAAGUCAAGCAGCCUGAGAUUCUCCCAGCAGAGACUGCGGAAACAUCCGACCAGGGAUCCGACCCACCUGAAACAAAUGCGCAACCGAUAAACGAAAGUUGCGAGGCUAUCCCAGCUACUGCUACAGCAUUAGAGCCCAUCGAAAGUGAGGCUGCCGAAGAGCACCGAAUCGACACAGAAUCUUCUCCCACCGACGAGAUUAAUUGUUCAAAAUUCGAUGACAGCGAGGUAAUUGACCUUGAAGGUACACCUGUUGCAAUCAGUCACGAUGUCGCCAUAGCGAUCAUCACAUUAGAGGCUGAAAAAGCCAACGUAACAACAGAAAUGGCUGGGGAGGCUGCUGUACAAGCGGCCAUCCCGGAUGAUUUACCUGUAGAAACAUCACCUUCUGCAGCCGAGGAUACGACACUCGAUAACGACGGCGCACAUGACGAGGAACUAGAAUCUCACAGUGAAGAUGAAUCUUCCAUCACAAAUGGCCCGAAUACUUCCGACGCUGCAAGUUCGGCAACUGGCUCCGACGGGGGCCAUGAAUCUGAAGUCGAUCUCGAGAACAGUGCGGAGCCAGUCGAUGUGGAAGAGAGCGCAAUUUCAAAGUUAGAGGAUCAGCCAGAUCCCGAAGCUUCCGUGUCCGAUUCGUCAUCGUCAACCAUGAGCUCUGAUGAUGGCGCGAGCACAGUGUCGACAAGUGUGGAUGGAGCGAAGCCAGAUGAGGAGCAGCAAGACCUAGAACCCGAGAACAUCGCAGAGCCACCGCCACCAGAAGUAUCGGAAGAUAUCGAAGCGCCGUCCGACGAAGCUGCAUCACCAGCUGCGUCUUCACCCGAUGCUGCUUCGGACCAGACAGAUACCUCGCCGGAUGUUGAAGAUAAGGCUGGAGCCGAAAUAAAUGCCACACCAGCCAACCCCGCCGAUGAGGGGACUGCUAAUCCUGAAGACACUGAGGAUUUCCCUGCAGCUGAAGCAGCCGAGACUGCACCCGACCCCGAUUCAGUAUCUGAAGGAGAGGAGACUGCAUCUGCAGACGUGGUUGCACCUGCAGAGGCACCCGAGGAAGACCAAGAUAGCAUGACUUCUGACAAGAGCGAAAAUUUCGUGCCCUCCACUGAAGGCGACUCUCUAGCUGAGUCUGAGGCACAGGAGGGCGAAGCCAUAACUGAGAAUGCGGCCGACGCACAACCGGAGAUUGAAGAUAGAGCGCCAACCGCGGGGGAAGUGGCUGAGACUGAACAGACCAGUGGAAAUGAUACGCCAGACGUGGAAGAUGCGCCUGCAUCUGCACCAGCUGAAUCCGAGGAGGCUAAGACUAGUGAGGAAUCAACGGAAACCCCCGAGCUGAUUACUGACACAGAAGUUACUCCUGCUGAAGGCGAUGAGCCACCGUCAGAAGACUCACCAACUCCCAUCGAAGCUAAUGUACCGGAAUCUACACCAACCCACGUAGAGGAAGAGAAGGAAGGGGAGGCUGCUCCUGAGCCGCAGCCAGAUGCGACUGGGGACACAGCCGGCGCUGACGAAUCCACACCUCAAGCAACGCAACCAGAGCCUGAAGUGGCAGACGAAAAUGCUCCAGAGGGCGACAAAUCAGAAGAUGCACCUGCCCCUGAAGCGACCGCUGAUGAUGCACCGCAGGAUGAAGAGGAACCAGCAGCAGAUGAUGCCACGGUAGCUGAGGAAGAGGUCGAGGAUCGCGCGGAAGAAGAUGGAUCUGGAGACUCCCCAGAGCCGCCAGCGGAGGAAGCAGCCGCGCCUACCGACGAUGCAGAUAUUGCAGACGGAGCAGAUGAAAACGAAGAAGAUAAAGAUGAGGAAGCAGAGGAGUCUGCACCUGCUGUAGGCGAAGCAACAUCGGAUGCUGCUCCAGCAGAGUCACAGGAACCAAAAGAGGCACCAGAAGCCGACCUGCCAGCUCCAGAUGCACCAACGGGACCUGCACCCGCUCCAGAAGAGGCGCCUGAGGAGUCUGCGGACCCAGUAGCUUCUGAAUCGCCACGAGCAGAAGAUGCUGCCGAGAUUCAGGAGGCAGACGCAACGGCUGGGGAUCCUGCAGAGGAGCCUGGGGUCUCCGAGGAGGCUCCAGCUGAGGAAGAUGGAGAGGGAGAGGGAGAAGGAGAGGAAUCACCAAUCUCUGAAGUACCACAACCAACAGAGCCUGAACCACAAGCAGAGCCACCAGAGGAGCCCGAACCAGCUCCCGAUGCUCAACCUGAACCUGAGCCUGAACCAGUUGUUGAAGUAGAGCCUGAACCUGAACCUGAGCCUGAACCAGUUGUUGAAGUAGAGCCUGAAGAAGCGCCUGGACCUGAAGAAGCGCCUGGACCUGAAGAGGCGCCUGAACCUGAACCUGAGGAGCCCGCGCCAGUUCCUGGAGCAGAGCCUGAACCAGUCGCAGAAGCAGAGCCCGAAGCUGACGCAGAAGCAGAGCCCGAAGCUGACGCAGAAGCAGAGCCCGAAGCUGAAGCAGAAGCAGAGUCAGCACCAGUCACAGAAGCUGAGCCUGAGCCAGUUACUGAAGAACCUGAACCAGUAGCAGAGCCAGUAGCAGAGGUUGAGCCAGAGCCAGAGCCAGAGCCAGAGCCAGAGCCAGAGCCAGAGCCAGAAGCUGAGCCAGAAGCUGAGCCCCAGCUGGUUUCUGAAGAACCUGAACCAGUUGCAGAGCCCAUAGCAGAGCCAGAACCAGAGCCGGAAGCUGAGCCGGAGCCGGAAGCUGAGCCAGAAGCUGAGGUCGACGCAGCGCCAGAACCAGAUAUUUCACCAGAAGUCGAAAACUCACCAGAUGUUGGCGUUGCACCUGAGCCUGAAGUCGAGGAAGAAGACGCGACGCUUGCGUUACCAGAUGUCGAGCCAGAAACCGUUGUUCCCACACCGGAGACAGUGUUUGUCGAAACGUUCAUCCAGGAACCUGCGAAACAAGAAGAGGAACUUGAGCCCACGAUUGAGGCAGUAAGCGCUGGUGAAAGAGCGAUUGGUGUGGCGGAGGUGUCUGAGCCACCGGCUCCACUUCCGGUGGCUGACAGUACAGCCAAAGAACGUGAAAUCGCAAUCGUUGACGGGCCUGCACUUGACACACCUAGCCGAGAAAAGCAACGACGUCGACAUUCGCAUACACAGCGCGAUAGCAAACACUCAUCUAACCGGAGACAUGAAAGCGAAACAAGCGCCAAAGAGCGACCUACUCUUUUUAGUCUCGCUACAGGGAAGCUCGCAGGAAGUCCUAAGACUAAGCGCCGGGAUAGUAUCACGGAGCGAGACCCAGCGCGAGGCAAAGAGCGGGUACGUGAACCCGAGAAAUCGCACAGCACCAACGACAGAGAACGAGCCUACCCAGAGCAUCGCUCGAGCCGUCAGCGUGAGAGCAAAACGGAGGAAAAGCAGAGUAAGCGCCAAAUACUAGAGGAGAUGGAGCAUGAGGCGGAAAGGCGUCGACGUCACGAGUUACGAAGGGCAGAGAAGCAACGUCUUGCAGCGGAAGAAGUUGCGCGGGUCGAGGCUGAAGAGGAAGCACAGCGACAAGCGCGCCGAGAACGUCGUCGUGCUGCCAAGCAAGCGGAAGAAGAUUUGAUUCGUGCUGAGCAGGAGCGUCGGCGAGCCCAUGAGGAAAGGAAGAUGGCUAAAGCAGAGGAAGAGAGGCGCAUUCGGCACGAAAAGAGACGAGCAAAACACGAAGCUGAAAAAGAAGCUAGGCGUCUAGAACUCGAAAGAAUCGAGAAGCUGGAGCUGGAAGCCUUAGAAGCUAAGAUGUUACGACGGCAGCGGAGAGGUGGACGAGAGAGAAGUGCAACGCUGGAAUCAACACAUAUAGCGGAGCCAGUCGAAGUACCACGUGACGUUGCUCGAAGAGUAGCAGAGGUUGACGAAGAGAUCUUCGAAGCCCGUCGUCUGACUCCUCCGCCUGUUGUAGAAGAAACCCAUCGCAGCGCUCCUCGCCGAAGACUGAGUACACGCGAGCCUCCUCCCAAUGUCAAGCGUGGCGGUCUGUUCGGUGGUAUAUUUGGACGAUCAAAACCUGAAGCGGUGACACCACCAAGGUCUUCCAAGUCUACUACCAGGAUCCGAACAGAAAUAAUCGAACGGCCGAAGACAGCUACACGAUCACCUCAAAAAGAGAAAGAGCGACCUUCGAGCAGUCAUCAUUCCUCAAGUGAUGGCCGUCACCGGGAGCGUGUACAUAGAAGCAGACGUGAAUCAAACACCCAGCGCCCACGUCGUGUGUUUCAGUCAGCAGAGGAAGAAGAUGAGUACUACCGACGCAAGGAAAUGCGCCGCUCUCAGAGACCUCGCGACAACGAAAUGUCCGGUGGUCGGGACGGUGGUGUAUCAUUCGCAUCACAGGUUGAAGAACUGGGAGCACCCCCUCCUGAACCUUUUGAGCCCGAUCCCGAGCCCGAGCUUGAGCCAGAACCAGUCUUCCAGGACGAGUCACCACUCAUUGAAGAUGCCGCCGGAGUCGUUGGAGUACCAUCUUCCUCCUCCAACGAACAUCGUGAUCGCCGCCGCUCGAGACGCGAUACAGGACUUGAAGAGCGACCAAAAGUCCGUCAUGUAUCAGUCAAUGAAAAGGAAAGACCAGUAGGUCGACGUAUCGAGUCUGAUCGACCACGCGAACGCGAACGCGGCGAAGAACGCCAGCGUCCACGUCGAAGCGAGACCGAACGCAGAAGUGGGGCCACGAGCCGCAAGAGGAAGGAAGAGUCUAGUGGACUCAAAGGCCUAUUAGGGGGUUUGAAGAAGUCUUUCAAGUGA